UAAACUGCACGAUGCUGUGCUUCUAAGAGGAAAUGCUGGGCCACUGGUCAGUGAGAAGAAAUAGUGUUUUUUACCUGCUACAGAGCAGAGUAGCUCUGCACCAUAAACUGUGUAGAAUCAACAUGGAGUUAAUGCUUGGUAGAUUUUUUCUUGGGACUCAACUCUAACAGGAGCAAACUACCUUCACCUAUGGCCAGUCUGGAAAGAAAUAACAAAAUUCUGCUCGAUUUGGUGCGGCAGCCCGGUAACAACUUGUGUGCUGACUGUGGAGCUCCUGAACCUGACUGGGCCUCCUACACUCUUGGUAUCUUUGUGUGCCUGAACUGCUCGGGGAUGCAUCGUAAUUUGCCAGCUGUCAGCAAAGUGAAAUCCAUACGCCUGGAUCACUGGGAAGAUUCACUAGUAGAGUUUAUGAGGGAGAGGGGAAAUUCUGCAGCUAAAGCCAUUUUUGAGAAAUGUGUCCCUGCCUUCUUCUACCGGCCGCAGCAAAAUGACUGCAUUGUUCUCAAAGAUCAAUGGAUCCGGGCAAAGUAUGAAAGAAGAGAAUUCACAGGAGAAAAUAACCACUUUAACCAAGUUUAUAACUCAGAUCAGUUUGAGUCAACACUGUGGAAGAAGGGCAAAGACAAUAAGCACUUUCUUAAGAGGAUCUUUCUGCUGUCCCAGAAAGACUUCACCCUCAGAUACUCCAUUAAAGAGGAUUCCAAGGUUCCCAAAGCUGUCAUCAGCAUGAAGGAUCUGAAUGCAGUUUUCCAGCCAGAGAAGGUCGGUCAUGCUCACGGGCUGCAGAUAUCCUACCUGCAGGACGAACGUACGAGGAAUCUGUUUGUUUAUCACGAGAAUGGACAGGUAAUUGUCUCCUUAUUCAAUGCUAUUCGGGCGACACGUUUGGCAUACCUCCAGAAGAAAAAUCCCACUCUUCAAGAAAAAGAUUUAAUACCUCAGUUAACAAGAUGCUGUCUGAAGGAGGGAUAUAUGGAGAAAACUGGCCCAACGCAACGGGAGCCAUUCAAGAAGAGGUGGUUCACAUUAUGCUCAAUGGACAGAAAGCUUCUGUAUUUUAAAACUCCAUUGGACGCUACAGAGCUGGGUGCUGUCUUCAUUGGCUCAGAGAGCCACAGCUACUCUGUUUCAGAGAGCAGCGGCAAGAACACGAGGGGAGGUCGGUGGCACUGUGGCAUCACCCUGCAGACUCCAGGCAGGCAGUUUGUGUUUAUGUGUGAGCAGGAGCAGGACCAGAGGGAGUGGCUGGAGGCACUAAGAAACGUCAUCGCUCAACCCAUGACCCCAGAGGACUACGCAAAUGAAGCCAACUUGAGAAGAGGGAAAUGACUGGAACAGUUUAACCUGCUGGUGUGUGAAAGUUCAGGAUACAAUAAAGAGAGAAUAUCCUUUAGGGACAUUACAGACUCAUAGCCUCACUUCCAAAAGAGUCUCUUAGACCUGUCAGUGGGAGGAAAAAAAAAUGGAGACAAAGUCUUACUCUCUUACUGGCUAGACCGUUCAAAACCACUGACACUCAACCUUAACACUUUUCACAGACUGCAGCGUCUGUGAUUACAGUGUUACACUUUGGAGAAGCUGCUGUCACAGCUGAGACGUUGCUGCAUUGUAUUAUCUAAGCUCAUCAGAAGCAGUAUCUCUUACAUUUAGUGCACUGGCCUUGCCAAAAUGACAACUAAUUAAAGCAUUCUCUGGCAAUACAGUAUGAAAACAUUGGAACAAAAUAUUAUAUUUAUUAAAAACAAGGACUAUUGAUUUUAUAUGAUUUACUAUGUUUUGUAGUAAUUUUGUAUUUUGUGUGUAACUAAAUUGGCACACAAUUAGAUGAGCUGUUCUCACACUGCUGGAGUUUAGCUGUGUAUAUAACUGAAACUGAAAUCUCUUUAGAAGUUGAAUAAAUUUGAUGCACAACAGA